AUGUCGGAGAAAGGUAAGGAAGCCUCCACUUCAGGACUGACAGUUAGCGAAAAAGCUACGAUUCCGACGGACGUAGAACCCUCAAGCCCUCAGCCCCGACAAACCUCUUCAGCAAAGCGACUUUUUUCAAAGGAUCAACUGAUUUCAGAAAACCAGAAUAAUCGGAAACAAGAGAUUUCAUUGGAUCCAAAAGAAGAUGAGGAAAGAGACAGAAAUCAAUCACAUGGGAAUAAUGAACGACAGUUGGUUCUCUAUCAAGAACAAUUCGUGAUGCCUGCUCAGUUUGCUUCAAGCUCGCGCUUCCAGGUUCUAUCGGACUUACAAAUGGAAGAGGAUGAAAUGGAAGAUCAUACAGCUGUGCAGCAAUUAUGGAACUUAGUGCUGGAGACGGAACUAGAGUCGGACUCUGAUGCUGAAGUUAUUUUCUCUGAGGAAAAUCCAGUGGAAAGGAAAAAUGAUGGCGAAAGACGUGUUGAUGAAGCGAGCAUAAUAUAGAGAGUGAGCAAAGGAAUCUGUACACUGCUAAAGAUGAUAGCUUCCUGGAUGGAGGAACAGACAUGGAUGCUCCAAUAGACGCAAGAUCAACA